AAUUGCUCCUCAGAGGCUCUUCAGUGUUUUUGAGUUUCAUCUCCAGCCAGACGCUUUAGAUGCAGACAGAGCCUUUUCUGCUUUACAAACAACUUAAUAGACUCAAGCCGGCGGUGAGUUCCGCCCUCCGCCUGUGGAGCUCCAGUCCCACCGCUCUGCCCGGUCUCAGCCUCCGCUACGCCGCCUCAGCGAGACUCUACAGCGGCCUGAUGGAGCCCGCAGCCCCGCUAUUCAGACAGUUGUUUGAGUCUGAGAGCUCCACGUACACAUAUCUGCUGGCCGACCCAGACACCAGAGAGGCUGUGCUGAUCGACCCGGUGCUGGAGACGGUGGACCGAGACCUGCAGCUCAUACAACAGCUCGGACUCAAUCUCACCGUAGCCUUGAACACACACUGCCAUGCGGAUCACAUUACGGGCACUGGUCUGUUGAAGAAGAAAGUGUUUGGGCUGAAGAGCGGGAUCUCCAAACACAGCGGCGCCGCAGCGGACAUUCAGCUGUCAGACGGAGACUGCGUCACAUUCGGCAAACACUCUCUGAUGGUUCGAGAGACGCCGGGACACACAGACGGAUGCGUAACGUACGUCACUGGCGAUCAGAGAAUGGCGUUUACUGGAGACGCGCUGCUGAUCCGUGGAUGUGGCCGAACGGACUUUCAGCAAGGUUCUCCUCACAGACUGUAUGAAUCCGUUCAUCAGAAGAUUUUCACUCUGCCGGGACACUGUUUCAUUUACCCCGCACACGACUACAAGGGUCAGACAGUGUCCACCGUCGAUGAGGAAAAGAAGUUUAAUCCACGUCUGACCAAAACUGUGGAGGAGUUUGUGAAAAUUAUGGACAAUCUCAAUCUCCCCAAACCGAAGAAAAUAGAUAUCUCAGUGCCUGCAAACCUGGUGUGUGGACUUCACGACAUCUGAGCGCGUGCUGAUUUGAAGAUUUUAGGCAGACGAUUUUAUUUUUAUACGUUAAAUACAGUACGGUGGUGUCUGCAUCGAUGUGCUCUUCUGAUUCAGGGUAAGCAGACAGAACUAUGAGAAAUCAAGACAUGAUGUUUCCAUUCAUUAAUCACGUCUACAUGUUUGUUUGUUUUUGGGUUUCAUCAAAUACUUGACAUAUCUGUGUGCUGUUUCAUAUAAUAUCAUGCUUUUUAUUGUUGAGCAGUACAGAAAUACUAUUGAUAAUCAUUCAUAAUAUCACACAAAUGCUCAUCUAAUAGGAUCUUUAGUAGGAAAUCUCUAAUAUAUAUAUCUAUUUAAUCUGUUUUUAAUAAAUGUUAAUUGAAACA